AUGAAUUACUUUUUUUCCAAUGACGCUGGUAGUCUUCAAGACGAGCCCAUUCUAGAAGUCUACGCGCGCUCUCAGGGGAACAGAGGACUUCGGCCAUUGCCAGUGGUGCGUGACGAGAAUGCCGACUGCUGCACCAUCACGUCUGCUCUUUACAACACCUACCGAUUGGACUUGACUUCGUACCCACCGGAGGAUGACUAUCCAUGCCAUCACGCAUCCCACAGCGCAAGAGUCGGGCUGUACCUCAACCGAGGUAUGAUCACAUACCCGGUCGCCUUCUGUGUACUUGAGGGCAGCGAGAUGGUCGCAGUCAUGACUGGAAAAGAAAGCUGCUGGUCAAAGCAGGUGACAGGCAACCGCAUAGCCGCCAUUGUCUCGUUGAGGUCCAAAGAAGAAUUAGAAGAGUUGGAGCGCAAGCAGGCAGCAGACUUUGAGAUAAUGUUGAGAGAAUGUGAAGAAGAGAGCCAGCGUGAGGCAGCAGAGUUUCGGGCCAUGGACGAGAGAGACGCGGCGCUCCAACGGCAACGUCAACAAGCUCAGCAGGCUCAGGCUCAACAAUCUCAGGCUCAGCGGGCUCAGGCUCAACAAGCUCAGGCUCAGCAAACCCAAGCUCACCGGCGUGCGCAGUAG